CCCGUUUUCGAGACAGACGUGAAUGCCAACUUGUGUAGAACCGUGUCCGAUCGCAAACCAUCGUCUAUCGUCCGGCCGCAGCAGGAUUGUAAGGCAAAAACCAGAUCUUCCCAUCCAGACCGGGCGCGCCGUAGUGACCUAGAAAUUAUCGUAACAAGUUGCAAUUUCUUCGCACGUUAAUUCGAUCAUAGAGGUAUUGGAGGUCGUGUCUUAUUCAAACCAUGGGUAAACACGUGACAAUUGCACUUUUCACCGUGACCCUCGUCAUCGCACAGAUGGUCGUCGAAGGUGCCAAAGAUACCAAAGAAAAGCACAUCAAGUAUAAGGAGAAAGAUAUGAUGCGAAAAUCCAUUGUGUACGAUAAGAAUACACCGGAUGUUUUCUAUUGUCCCACGAACAAGCCGACCGGAAUGGACAAGAUGAUUGUGAGGUCCCGCCCGUUGCUUAAACUGUGUGAGUAUGAAGGAAAGCCCUUACCAGAGGACUACAAAUCCGACUGCUAUAAGGAUCUGGACGAGAGCGACUACGCGUGCAAGGAGAAAUACAGGAUUAUGAUGCGUAUGCACCCACCCGGUAGCGACGCUCCCUUCAACGGAUCCCGCCUGAGCCGAUUCCUCGAGAUGGAUGAGGACAUGCAAAGAAUCAAGUCCAAGCGGCACAACAAACUGACCUGAGGAUGCUGUAGCACCCAAAAACAUAAUACGAUAUUUUGUAAAUAAUUCGAUUGCCAUAAUUGCUAUACCAUUUCGAUGAGCAUACGAUAUUUUGAGCUGGCAUGCACGUGUCAAAUACAAUACUCGCACACCCUAUUGGAGUCUAAAUCAUGAUGAGGAAUUGUUUCGAGCGUGUGCAAUACUACGAUUGUUUGUUUUGUCUGUUGUGAAAGGGUCGAAUCUUGUACGAUAGGGUUUAAAUUGUUUUAUUGUUAGUUUUGUUAUGCGAACAGUUUGGAUGCUUCGUUAAUUAUGUUUAUAUGACAGGGUAAUGAACGGUCGAUCAGUUGAGUUGAUUCAUUUAUGUAACAAAAUCUCGAUUUCUGUGAACUUUUGCUUGCAAAACAUAAAAUUUGAUUUGUUUUACUGCAAAUGUGAUUUAAUAACAAUACUAAAUUUAUCGCUGA